AUGCUGAGGGAUGCUAAACCUACUGUAGUUGCAGCUGAUGAUGAAGAUGAUGUCGAUGAUGAUGACAUUGAUGACUGGUCUUUGCUGACGCCUCGUCACCGUCUGCUGCUGCUACCGUUUUCUGUGACGGUGUGCGUGCAAGUGUUGCAUCUCAUUGUAUUGAGACAGAAUGGGGGGGGAUGUCCAACAGGUAGUUGUGCCACCACCGCAAUUACUGAUUCUGAUAUUGAUUUCUUUUCUUUUUCUAAACGGCGCAUCUAUGUUUCUUUUCUUACUCACAUUUUUCUAUUUUUUUCUUUCAACACUUUUCUCAUUAUUUUCCCACUUUCGAAUUUCUUUGUCUCUCCCACAUCUUUUCUAUAUUUUACCUUCACCAUCGUUUUCGACAUUUUUGAGUUUCUCCCUCUUCCUCAUUUUCUUUCAUCUUUUUUUCAUUUUUUCAUCAUUUGUUUACAUUUAAUCCUUUGUUUUUCUCCAGCUCUUUCUCUCAAAUAUCUAGUCACAUAUUAUUGCCCCUUCGAUCGAAAUUUUAUCUUUCUGUUUCCUUCUCAUCUAUCUAUCUAUCUAUCUAUCUAUCUAUCUGUCUGUCUAUCUAUCUAUCUAUCUAUCUAUCUAUCUAUCUAUCUAUCUAUCUAUCUAUCUCCAUACACACGCAUGCACACACACACACACAUAUAUAUAUAUAUAUAUAUAUACACAGUGCAUUUUCCAACACCUAAUAUAGGCAAUAAACAUUUGCGUGCUUCGUUGCGCAUGUUUGUAAAGACACAAAAAUAUCAUUCGCAUUUACUUCAUAUUUAUAAAAUAUGUUUUCUGUCUCUGUCCAUGUCUUUUGUCCAUCUUUCUAUCCCCACUCUCUCUCUCUCUCUCUCUCUCUCUUUUUAUCCUUACUCCAAUAUCUAG